AUGCGAAUUAUUAAAAAUAAACAGACAAUUGCCAAUGUAGUGCACAAGAACAAAAAUGUACUCAUGAAACGGCAAAGACCAGGAGCGAAUAAAACCGUUGAAGAUGCGUUACUAAUUUUUUUUAAAGAUAUGCGUUCUAAAGAAGCUACAAUAACUGGGCCAUUAUUAAUGGAAAAAGCCAAAGAUUUUGCCAAUAAACUCAAUGUCGACUUUACACCAUCGUAUGGUUGGCUAGAGCGGUGGAAGAAGCGCGAGAAUAUUCACUUUAAAAACAUUUAUGUAGAAAAAGAUACAAGUUACGACGUUGAAAUUGUGGAUGAAGAAUUUGGUAUCAAUAUCGAACGCCUAAUUAAUGCAGAUGAAAAUGAACCCUGUUGGGAAAGUUUGACAGAUGAUAGUAUUGUAGAGUACAUAACCCUUAGUACACAAGAAAACUCUGACGAAAAUGUUGUACUUGAAGAAGACACCUCUGCUAAACCCGCCUUAAGAGAUGCUUUUGCUUCAAUUAAUGUUCUUACUGAUUAUUUUCGAGACAAUCCUGAAGCUCGACAAAAGCUUUACGACCUUGAAAAUAGAAUGUCAAAAAAUAAUUUAUACGAGCAGAAACUACGGUUAAUAGAUAAUGAGAAAGUCAAUAAACAGGUUAAUGAUGAAAUAGUUGAACCAUCGGUAUGA